CGAUUGCCUAAAUUGUAAAGCGUUGGUUUAAAAGCGGCCGUGUCGAUCAAAGCUUCAGUACUGUUCAAAGUACUACACUACUUGAUUCAAAAGAUGUAUUUUAAAGCCUUGUUUCUUUUCUCGUGCAUCGUUGCAGCAUGUUGGUCGGCCAAAGUCAAAUUCAGCGGUAGGUAUUGAGAUUUCGCUUGUGUCUGGUGUCUAUGUCUUAUUAAAACUUCUCAGAGAGUGGCCGCUAUAACUUGAAUUUAACUUACUGUAAACCACACUAAUCGUGACAGGAUUCCACUUAGUCCACUAGCGAUGAAUAUGACGCACCGCCCCAGCAGUCUCUUGCAUUUAAAUUUGAUCAAUUGUUUGCAUUAUUAACUAGCAAAAUAGUUCGUUUUGUCUUCAAACCACGAGAUACGUACCAGUUUCCUUAACUUAAGGCGCAAAAUCUUACCUUGCCUUACACUUUCCAGAAAUAUUGAUUUUAAAAAAAACUGAACAUGCAUAAAGAAAAAGUAGGGUGCGUUUAUCCGGAAAAAUCGAAAAGGCUUUAGAGUUCUUUACUGGAAAAUUAGGUGUACGAGUAGAUUUAUUAAGCAUUAGAUCGAUGAAAUGUACUGACAUAGAGGUGCCGACAGAAUCAAUCCGUCCUUUUUCAUUUUCAAAAUGUCUGCGGUAUUGUUUCCUUUAGCAAUGAUUCCCAUCUCAACUCAAUGGAGUUUAAAAUAUCUCAAUUGCUGUUAGUAUAGUUUCGGUGUUUCAAGGGGGCGUAGACAAUCGGACAAUUAAGUCAAUAAGUCUCAUUUCAUUUAGUCUCGUUAGCACCCAAAAAUUCGUUUUAAAGCUUCGUCUUGUAAAGGUACGGAAAAACGGGCAACAAAAAACGUGCAACUUUUCUUGCAACAUUGCUGCAUAACAGGUUGAAUAGCGAUGUUGCGCGUUUUACCAACCUACGUUCAAACCUGUUAACAACCUGGGCCCAGUUGUUCGAACGCCGGUUAGCGCUAACCUGGGGUUAAAUUUUAACCCAGGUUUCUUUUUCCUUUUAUCAAAAGCUCACUAUCGGAUAAUUUUCUCUAUUCUCUUUAGAGUAUCCAGUCAUCAAAUUGUAGGCAAAGAGAAUUAAACUGAAUUUGCUUUUUAAGCUCUUAUAUCCGAGUUCAAAUUUCGCACUAACCGUGGGUUACCUUAACCCAGCUUCGAACAACCCGGCCCUGAUUAGUUGCAAGACAGGUUUAAUGUGGGUGAUAAUACGAGCAACAUCUCUAUUCAACACGUUUUGCAGCAAUGUUGCAAGAUAUGUUGCACGCUUUCUGUCCCCCUUUUUUCCGUACCUUAAGUUUGAACAAAACUGGACUGUGAACCUUUGUCUGUGAUACAGUAGAACCUCUACUCAGGGGACACCCAUCGGACCGAGGCAAGUAUCCCUUGAAUAGAGAGGAUCGACACCUCUCUUCCGGGGUUUUUUAAUGAUUAGCCAACAAAGUCAAUAAUUUUAUUAUUCUGCCUCGGAAACUGCUGCAGUCAUAAUUAUUUGAAGCAGCUAGAUAAUGUAUAAAGAAUCGAGAUGAGCUUUUCUAAGCGAUAUUGUGAGUUGAAUUCCCACAAGUGCAGUACAUCGCUUUAAGUGAGAUAGUUCAUGUUGUGAAAGCUGUCAUCAUUGUGACUUGUGCUCUUUGUGGUCCGUCACGCUUUGAGAGUCGAGGUGCCCUCUGAAAGGGGCCCAGAAAAAGUGACCCUUUCCCUUGAAUCGAGAUGGAGAUGUUCGUUCAAUAGAGGUAACAGUUACAAAAAUUAUGUGUUCAUUUUUCAGGGACAAAGUUUUGUGUCCCCUUAUUAAAAGGUGUCUCUUGAAUAGAGCUAGGCGUUCCAAAAGGAGAGGUGUAUUUGGAAUAAGGAGAUUUAUGUUCAAAAUGAUAAUAAAGAUUUACUUUCCUUGUCAUUCUACAAAGAACUAAAAUGCCAGAGCGUUCCUGCUCCGAAAAAUGGUGUACUGGACUGCGAAAAGGAAAGGAAUAGUCAGGCAGUACGAUGUCAACUCAAGUGUAACCAAGGUUAUGACGUCACAUACCUUGCUGCUGAAUACUAUGUAUGCAACGAGGACGGAAGCUGGUCCGCUGAACCGUCAUCAGCGGGCACGCAAUGGCCGGACUGUAAAAUAUACAGGUUGGUAUAAUUAUUUUUUGGUGCAGAAUUCUUUUUGUCCUUUAACGUAACCGCAAUGGCGUCAUCUCAGUCUUGCAAUACAAGUAUGCCUGAGAAUUUCAGGAACAUCUAUGGGAAUAUCGUAAGCAUAGGAAAAGGUAUAGCCCUUAUUGCCAUCCGUUUUGUUGUUGCACAGGUACAACAAUUCGUUGGUUUUUUUUUUUACAUAUUUUUUUUAGGAAACAGAAAACACUUGAAUCAGUGUGGAGAACCAAAAGAAGUCAGUUUCUUAAUUUACAAGCCCUAUGCUUACUUCGCCGGUCGUUCUUCCUCUGGUUUACUAACAAAUCAAAGAUUGCGACUGCUCACAAGCGAAUAGCUAAAGACACGAAUUUUUGCGACGGGCUAGUCAAUGAAUCAUAAUAUAAACAAAAUACUCUCACUGUUUCAUUUUCUAGUCCUGAUUAUAUAAGGAGUCUAUUUGUCAUCUGUUAUAUUGUUCUCAGUAAGCCCGAGUUCGAUUCCCGACCAGACCAAUGUGCCAUCACGGCGGCCAUGUUGGUGUCCCAAACCCCAAUUUUAUUAUGUAAACGCUCUCCUUUGUUUCUUCUGGUCACGUGACGGUCUAACUAUGUGAAUGAAUUUGGACAGUCCCAGUUUAAGAUUUGCGUCUCAGCCAGUCCUUGCUCCUACCACAAGGUUUUGUUUACGCCGCACCAGAACCAUUCCUUUCCAAUAUGUGACACUCCUCUUUCGAGAUCUACGCGACGGAGUUUCACUGCGCACCGAAACCAUUCUUAUACGUGAAUAGAAGCCCUAUUCGGUAUAUUGUGAACACAGCUUUAAAAUAACUGAGGAGAAGGUGCUGACUUUGUUUCACAUUUACAAUUGGUUAGACCGUACACUUACGUGUAAUUCGACUGACUCUACUGAACGUAAAAGAACCACGUAGAAAAAAAGACUCUCAUUCAGUGACCACAUGCACGCCGCCUGAGAUGAAUAAGGGCCUGUUUACAUGGAGGUGGGAGAGCCCAGGCAGGUGAGUUAACCCGCUUUGGUGGGUAACCCGCCUGUCCACAUAAUCUCUCAUUUUAAUUUGAUCACGUUUACAUGAUAGGUGGGGUGACCCGCCGCAUGUUACCUCACCUAUAUGGGUUCCCCCACCUCCAUGUAAACAGGCCCUAAGAGGUGUAACGUAUUCUACAUUGUAAAUUUAAUAAUUGUAAUUGAAGUUGUUUACCCAAGGAGCACUUAGGAGUUCUUAGGAAACUCGUUGAAACGUGUCUAUGUGUUCCAGAUCGAAUUGGAUUUGGAACUGUUGGCUUUUAAGGAGAGGGGAAAACCGGAGUACCCAGAGAAAAACCUCUCAGAGCAAGGGAGAGAACCCACAACAACUCAACCCACAUGUGGCGUUGUGGUAAUUUCUUCUGAAGAUGUUUGUUGGAACAUACGAAACGUCAAGUUAAAGUUUUUUUCUUUCCAGAAAUGCGUUUAUAUUUCCUUAUGUUUAUCACCGCAGUUUGCUUUUUGUUUCUUCUUAAGCUGAGAUGGCCAAAAAACAAGAGUAUCUACCAUUGACAAUUAUUGACUAUUGACUAUUCAAGGGCCUUUGUGGCUGUCUUUAAACAGGGUGGAGAUUAAAUAUAGCUGCUUUGCUGUUUUUUUCUUAUUUUUCAGCCGAGGAGAACCACUUCCUUGAAGAAACUGCACCACUGUACCGCAUUCAUGUUCAUUGACAAGUGUCAGAUCUACGACGACGUUUUUCGUCGGAACUGAAAUAACCCUGAAUUUGAGUAACGGUCAAAACUGACUUCGAAUAAAUGUUAGACGAACAGUUUUAAUACUAAUAAAAUACUA